AUGUUGCUCGCUUUGGAUAUAUACAAGCUCUUUUAUUGGCCAGGUACUGAGAUAGACAUUGUUAGCGGGUUGGCAGCCUGUCAUGAUAAUUUAACAAUGGGAGUCUUCCCUAGACCAGUAACAACAAAUCAAAAAAACAAAGCGAACAAAGAAGAAGAAGACGAAGACGAAAAAAUAAUAGAGCAAACAAAUGAACAACAAAAAAAAUGGGAAAAGAAUUUGUGCAUUUUGUCCCUGACACGUAGUCGGAUUUUUAUUAUACCGGACUUUUUUUUGUUUCAACUGGUUGUCUUUCAUAUAUAG